GAAGCGGCGUGCCGCGGUGAAUGUCGAGUGUUGGCUGGCAUUCCGUGAGAUUCCGUCGUGCGGGAGUCGGACGGUUGCGGGCAAGCGAGACGGUUGACAGUGAUGGCAUAUGACUGCGUCAUGUGAAGAUCGUCGUGAGAUUUUGUCGUGUUUGUCAUCGUCACGUCGGAAUCGAUACGUAAGUCGUUCGCGAUAACAACGCGGCGGUUUCGGCCUUUUUUUCCAUUUCGCGCGAAGUAAACAUUAACAAGCUACGAACGCAAAUAGAGAGAGCUUGAGGCCAACUUUUCAAGAUGUGGAGCCCAACGCAUGUUCAAGUGACAGUUCAAAGAGCCAGAAACUUACUGACCAAAGGAAAAAAUAAAACCAACGACUGCUUCGUGACAAUUGCGCUCGGCAAGGAAAAGUACCAGACGUCAGUAAAGGAGAAGGCAAGCAAGGACGUGGAAUGGCACGAAGAAUGCGAACUGUCAAUUCCAGAACAGGGCAAUAUCGCGGAGAUUGUUCUCACAGCUCUUCAUCGUAACUUCCUAGGUGUCGACGAAUUCCUCGGCAUCGUCAACAUACCGCUCUCCAGUUUCGACGUGUACGAAAGACCCAGAAACAGAUGGUAUGCGCUAAACAGUAAGCCAGGUAAAGUGAAUACAAAAGAAAGAGGUGAGCUUGAAGUGAAGAUCGGCUUUAUCGUGAAAGCCGGUAGUCUAACCGAUCUAAGUAAGAAGGAACGUCACAAAAGCUCGCUGGGUCAGCUAUCCAACGCUGCACAAUCAAUCGGUGGUAGUUUACUCAGUAUCGGCAGUUUUGAGAAACGUAAAGGUCUCAAGAAAUUGGCCAAGUCGAUCGGCAACAAGGUCAAAGGAAAGAGUAAGAACCGAAUCGACGGAGAUCAUUUAGAUGAGAAGGAAGAACAUCAGUACAAAAUCACACGACAGGAACCCGGUGAGGCCGAUCCUGGUGUUAUCAGCGAGGAUGAGGACGAAUUUACGUUUGACGAUUUGUCUCAUAAGAGUUCGGCCUCAUCGUUGAACGCACCUGUACCAACUAGUAAUACCAAUGGCAUUUCGAAUAAUUCACAAAACGUCUCCAAUGAGACACACACGCCACCAGCGCCACUUAAUGCCGCGCCGAGCAAACCACCUCGAUUUGUCAUGAGUGCUUCCACUACAAAUCUGUCUAAAGUCGACAAUUUGACGAAAGACGACGAAUGGGGUUUGAAGCUCUACGGCAAGCAAGCAAGCGGAGUUCCUAAGAGAUGGGAGAGCAAGCCCAAGAUCGUGAUAGACGAGACGCAGGAUAACAAACGUGACGCGUCGCCCGCACGUUCGCCGUCACCGGUGGUGUCAAGACUGAAAGAACCUCCGGAACCGCUCAACCCAGCACCUAGAGAGAUACUUCAUCAAAAGAACAAAGACGAUAAGCUUGCCGCUAGCAAAGAGAAACUCACGAAGGAAGAGAAGGCAAAGGACAAAAAGGACGACAAACACAGUCCACGAAGUCCUAAAGAGGAAAAGAACGCGAAAAAAGAUAAGAAGAAAGACAAAGAGAACAAGUUCAAAGAUGUUAACGACGAGACACAUUUGUCUUCUGAAAGAAUCAUCAUCGGCGGCGAAGAUGCAAUUAAAAAUGCCGCGAAUUUAAGGAGUCGCCUACCGCACGAAGUUCUUAAUCAAUUCGAUGGAAAAUCGCGAGAAGAUUUAAUAGAACUGACGCUACAACUGCAAACACAAGUCACAGAAAAGAACAAGAGACUUAACGAUCUGGAGGACUACAUUGAUGCUUUAUUGUUACGCGUAAUGGAAGCGUCUCCGCGACUACUUCAAAAUCCAUAUCAAAGACGAUUAUCAUCUCCCGGAAACCAGUAAAUUAUUCAUCCUCGAUACGAAGCUUUACUUAUCUCUACUUCAAAGUUUACGUAUUAUUUUUCCUAGGUAUAACUAGAUUGAUCAAAUUGCAACUGCAUAUUUGUUAUUAACGAUAGCUUGUUACAUUAAUUAACGCUAAUUUAUUUUCCCCGAGUUUUAUGAUAAAUGUUCUCUUGCACAAAUUUGUCUUAUUUAUUUAUAAUUUUGUGAGAAUAAUCGUAAUAAUGUCCAAGAGUAAAUGAGUAUUAGUGACCAAAUAGUAAUUUUUAUCCGGAUGAUUUAUCUAUAAUUUUAUAUAAACAAACGAUGGACAUGUCAAUCGCAUUAAAAUGUAUCUGUAAUUCCUUGUCUUCCCAAUAUAUUGAAUGAAAUCCCUCAAAUAUGUUUGCGAUUGAGAUUUCCGUUUGGUUGUCCUUUGCAGCAAAACUAGCGAACACGACUGUGUCUCAUCAUCAUUAUUAUUAUUGUUAUUAAAUAAAUGUAAAUAAGAUAAUACUUUUUAUAAAGUGAGUCAGACUAUACAUAUAUAUAUAUUGAUAAAGAAACUAUACGUAGUAAUAUUUUGCACAACCUAAUGUUUCACAGAAAAAACGUGCCUUCCAUCAUAUGCACUCAUAUUAAAUUGGAUCAUGACUUGUUAAUUACAUUACUCUUAAAUAAAGAUAAUAUCAAGUGUUCACAUACAUAAAGUAUUAUAUUUAC